AUGUCCGCCGACGAAGAAGUCCCCAAGGAAGCUGGGCGCAAGAUUGCUCAGCUGGAGCAGGAAUUCGUGCGUGCUAAGAUUGAGCAGUUGCGCAAACAAAUCCCUGUCCUGCGCCCUCUCUACGCCAAGCGAAAUGCCCUCGUUGCCUCCAAAGAGCUGCAGGAAGCCGAUUUCUGGCCGCGCGUCUUCUCCAGCGCACCUGAAGAAAUCGAUGAGCAUGUGCUCCCCUCUGACACCGCCGUCAUCGGCCAGUGCCUCAAGAACCUGACCGUCGAGCGCUUCGAUGUAGAUGAGAACGGCAACGGCGGCGAUCCACGCAGCGUGCGCUUCACAUUCGAUUUUGUCACGGGCGACGAUAACCCGUACUUCACCAACGCGCAGCUUAUGAAGGAGUUCUACUACCGCACCAAAGUCACCAAGAGCGCCAAGGGUAAACGCCAUGUUUGGGAAGGAUACGUCUCGACGCCAGUGCGCAUCAACUGGAAGAAAGACCAGGAUUUGACCAAGGGGUUGCUGGAUGCCGCGUGCGAUUUGUACGAGGCCGAGCAGAAGAACAAGUCUGUUGAUCGUACCCAGUUGCCGGAGUAUGAGAAGCUGGAGAACAAGCUCGACGAGGUCGAGGAUGAGACUAAUCGCCUGGUUGGCGAUGAGGAAGAGGAGGAUGCUGAUGAUGAGAGCCCGCUUUCCGGUGUUAGUUUUUUCGCGUGGUUCGGAUACCGCGGUAACAAUGUCACUGCUGAGCAGUCCGCUGAAGCUGCCAAGGAGGAGCUCGAGCGCUGGCAGAAGAUUGAAAAGGGGGAGAAGGUUGAUGACGAUGACGAUGAAAACGAGGACGAGGAUGAGGCUAGUCUUGCAAAUGUUGAAGUGUUCACUGAUGGUGAUGAUAUUGCCGUCGCUUUGGCUGAGGACCUCUGGCCCAAUGCUCUCAAGUAUUACGUCCAAUCAUACGACGUUGGUGAUGAUUUCGACGACGAGAUGGAUAAUGAAGAACUCGACGAUCUCGAAGACGACGAGGACGAGGACGAGGAAGACGGCGAGGAUCGUCCAGCCAAGAAGGUCAAGACCUGA